CUGAAGCAAAAGAAAUGGCUGCGCCAAGACCAAACUGUCUCCUAGUGCUCAGUGCAGGAAAUGAAGGUGUCUCUGCACAGUCGUUUAUCCAGGCAUACAACCUUGCCAGCUCCAACUUCAACAUACAGCUAGCAUCACCAGGGGGUCGUAAUGUGGAAUACACACAGCAGGAUGAGAGUAACCGUCGUUGGUUCAAUGAAUUCCGCAGCAAGGCCACCUCAUCGCCUAUUGCCUUGGAUACAGUUGAUGCUGCCCGUUACAGUGCCCUGCUUUUGCCCUCAGCCCCAGGAGCUUUACAGGAUCUGGCAUCAGAUCAACACCUUGGACAGAUCCUCUCACACUUCAUCAGCGAGAAAAAAGGCAUAUGUGCUGUUGGACAUGGAGUAGCAGGGCUCUUUGCUGCAAAGAAAGAUGGUGGACGUAUGUGGUGUUUUGACAGUUAUAGUCUAACUGGACCAUCAGUGUUUGAGCUUGCCCGAUCUCCUGAAUUCUCGUCUUUGUCGAUCAUCAUAGAAGAUUCCAUCAAAGACAAUGGUGGAAAUUACAAUGCUAGUGAACCUGAUGCUGUUCAUAUCAUCAUUGACCGCCACCUGAUAACUGGUCAGAAUGUCCAGUCUACACUGACCGCAGUACAGAAUCUUACACUUAUGUGUGCUCCAAAGCAUGCCAAAGUGAUGAGCCCUCGGUGAUACUGCUGAACCAAUCAAGUCAGUGUUUCUUACAAAAGAAUGUACUCCAGCUGUGGGUUAAGGAGAAAUACAGACUGUGUUUUGGAGAUAGUUUGUCUCACUAUCCAGCCAGUGUUUAAGGGGACAUCUUGUCUCACUGUGUCCAGCCAAAGGUUUAGGGGACAGAUUGUCCCACUACCCACACUGUGUUCGAGGAGACAGAUUUUUCCAUUUCUGUAGCUAACCAAUGGUUGAAAGAAAUCAUCUCUUAUAACCACGAGAACAGUACAAAACUUGCUAAACAAUCCAGCCAACUUAAAAACCUGGUCUUAUAAAUAAUGCGUUAUUUAUAUUUUUUUUUCAUUUUCUUGUAAUUUAAUUUUUAUAAGAUUGUUUUGAAAUAACAUUAAUUUUAUAUAAAUUUUAAUGUAUUUAUAAUAAAGCUAGCUUGCAGUGAUGCAUAACUCCAAGGAAGUUAGAUUUUCUUCUUAGGAUGGAAAUGUCUGAAUUAAAUAUCUUCUAGGAAAUGAAUGUGGCUGGAUCAUCUACUGGGAGUGAAAUGACUAGAUUGAUUAUCUACUGGUAUUGAAUUAUGGGUCCUUCAUGGUUCGAAUACAUUUGAAAUAAUCAUCGUUGAAUAUACUGUGUGUGUCUGAUACUAUAACAGAUUACUUUAUCCUAUUGCUUUGGUAUUCACAUUGUUCAUCUCUAAGAUAAUCAAACUUUCUCAUCUUUCAUUCCUCAACAUAACUAAUGUGAACAUAUCUCGGCAGUUAUUAUUUUCAUACAUUGUUGAUUCCACAGGUGACAAAUAUCUGCCUGGAAUGCCCGUUGUACAUCAUAUUACGCAAAUGACAAGAAAAUCAGAGGUGUGAAAAUCUGCUUAUACAGAUGUAUAGAACAAAUAUUACAUGUUGUAAUUCAUAAGGAUUCUAGACUUUUGCAAUUUUCCAUUCAUUUUGAUAAAACAGUGAAAUAAGUACCGUUAAAAGAAAAUCAUUAUUGGUCACUAUUUAUUCACACUUCCUAAUUAUUCAUACCUGAGUUACUCAUCAAUGGCAUUCAUAGUGUUAUGUAUUCUACCAUGUUUUAACAUCUGAAUGGAUUAUGUAAUACCAAUCCAUCAUUCUAGUAAUACAUUAGUUGACAUCAAAGGAUAGCUCAUUCUAGUCAAAUGUCUACCUGCAGAUAGCUAAUAUCGAUAGAUAGUCUGUAUAAAGGUUUUGAAUUCAAGUUUGCAGAAAAAUGAUUUUUUUUUUUUAUGAAUCAACAAUGUCUUCUGUUAUAGUAGUUGAGCAAUUUAUUUUUGGCAAAUUUGGUCUCUUUUAUAUAUAGGUCUUUACAGUCAGAUGAUCAUUAAAGCCUGUGGGCCUCUUGUUAUUUAUACUAUGCAGAUGGGAUGGGUUGGUUAAAAUAUACUUUGAAAUGUUGGAUGAAUUCUGAAUAGGCAUGGAUGCAGAAUAAUCCAAAGUUGUCACUCAUUUAGGGAUAAUAUAUUUUAUGGUUAAGUUGCUUACAGACUGUGGUGCAAUAUUUCAAUUUGUUUUCAGUGUAUGUUAAUUUUGUUCUGACAUGUCAAUCUAUUAUAUGAUAAUGAAAUAAAUAUAUCUUGAUAUAUAA